UGAGUCCGCCUGUUGUAAGUGAUAUUACGAGAGAUCCGUGCAUACCAUCCCCUUGUGGCAUGUUUUCCGAAUGUCGUGAUAUCGGAGGAGUGCCAUCGUGUUCUUGUUUACCAACAUACAGAGGCAGUCCACCAAAUUGUAAACCAGAAUGCACAAUCAAUGCAGAAUGCCCAGCUAAUAUGGCUUGCAUGCAGCAAAGAUGUAAAGAUCCCUGUCCAGGCUUAUGCGGCAUUAUGGCCGAAUGUAGUGUCGUAAAUCAUGUACCGAUUUGCUCGUGUUUACCUGAUUACACUGGCGAUCCUUUCAUUGGAUGUUCCGUAAAACCACUCAUUGUUGCCCCUUCCAAACCGGAUCCAUGCACACCUUCGCCUUGUGGACCUAAUACGCAAUGUAAUGGAGGAAUUUGUAAUUGUAUAGCAGAAUAUUUUGGGGAUCCUUACAGCGGUUGUCGACCAGAAUGCGUAUUGAAUAAUGAUUGUCCGAAUACGCGAGCGUGUGUGCGAAAUAAAUGUGUGGAUCCUUGUCCGGGUGUUUGUGGUCAAAAUGCUAUAUGCAAUGUGUACAAUCAUGUUCCUAUGUGUACUUGUCCCUCGGGAAUGGACGGAAAUGCUUUCGUCCUAUGUUCUCCCGUGCCAGGUAUUCUUUGA